AUGGCCACCGCAUUCCUGCCCCAGAAGCGGGUGCUGGGCGAGGCGGGCACCCGUCAGAACAUACCCUCGACGCCGGCCUCGGCCAAGAAGCGCAAGACGGAUGUCUUCUCGUCGUCGCCCGCCGCGGGCCGCUUCCUGGGCUCCCAGAUGGACCAGCGCGCGAAGCUGGGCUCCAGCCAGCCCAAGAGCGCCUUCGAGUCCGAGGUGCUCGAGAAGCUGAGCCAGGACAUCUCGGACAUGAAGCGCAACAACACGGAACGAGACCAGGUCUGGGAGCGGCCGCCCGUUGUUGACUUCGACCCCCGGCGCGAUAAUCUCUGCUUUCAGUCCAUCGACGCCGAGGAGGGCACGCUGCAUGGCGGCCGGGCUACGGUCAAGCUCUUCGGCGUGUCGGAGCAGGGCCACUCCAUCAUGCUGCACGUCACCGACUUCAAGCACUACCUCUACGUGCCCGCGCCGCCCAUGUUCAAGGCGCAGGAUGCAGCCGCAUACAAGGCGUAUCUCGAGACACAAAUCGCCCAGCACCAACCUGUCAUCCACUCCGUCACCAUGUGCCCGAGAGAGAAUAUUUACGGCUUCCAGGGCAACAAGCAGAGCUAUUUCCUCAAGGUCACCGUCACAGACCCCAAGUUCAUCCCAAAGGUGCGCUUCACCAUCGAGAAGGGCAUGGCGGACUGGAAAGGCAUGUGGGGGGCGAGAGAGAACGGCAUCAUGACGUACGACAACAUCCAAUACGUCUUGCGGUUCAUGGUGGACUGUCAUAUCCAAGGCAUGUCCUGGGUAGAAGCGCCCGCAACCAAGUAUAAGCUCAUCCCCGAGCAGAGCAAGCAGUCCAACUGCCAGAUCGAGGCCGAAAUAUGCUAUCUCGACCUCGUCGCCCACAAGCCGGACGGAGAAUGGGCCAAGAUGGCUCCCCUGCGAAUAAUGUCGUUUGAUAUCGAAUGCGCUGGUCGGAAAGGAAUCUUCCCCGAGGCAAACCAUGACCCUGUCAUUCAAAUCGCCAACGUCGUUACCCGAUACGGAGAGAAGAAGCCCUUUAUCCGAAAUGUAUUCUGCCUCGACACAACGAGCUCAAUCGUGGCCACGCAUAUCCUGGAGUUUGAGAAGGAGGAAAGGAUGCUCAAAUCUUGGCAGGAGUUUAUGUUGAGCGUCGAUCCCGACAUCAUCAUCGGAUACAAUAUUGCCAACUUUGACUUUCCGUACCUUCUGGACCGCGCGAAGCACCUCAAGGUCAACGGGUUCGAGUACUGGAGUCGUAUCCCCAGCGAGCCUUCAAGGGUCAGGGAAACCAACUUUUCCAGCAAACAGAUUGGCAACCGCGACACCAAGGAGACCAACACGAACGGACGACUGCAACUCGACCUGUUGCAACUGAUUCAACGCGAUCACCACCUCCGAAGCUACACGCUGAACUCGGUGUGCGCCCAUUUCUUGGGUGAACAAAAAGAGGAUGUGCACCACACCAUGAUCACAGAAUUGUUCAACGGAACGCCAGAGUCGCGCCGUCGUCUGGCACUGUACUGUCUCAAGGACGCAUACCUCCCGCAACGACUAAUGGACAAGCUCUCCUGCCUCGAAAACUACACUGAGAUGGCCAGAGUCACAGGCGUGCCGUUCAACUUUCUGCUGUCCCGCGGCCAGCAGAUCAAGUUCAUCAGCCAGCUGUUUCGAAAAGCGCUCGAACAGAAGCUCGUUAUUCCGAAUCUCAAGUCGCAGCAGUCGGACGAACAGUAUGAAGGUGCCACCGUCAUUGAGCCAACUCGCGGCUACUAUGACGUGCCCAUCGCCACACUCGAUUUCGCCUCUCUGUAUCCCAGUAUCAUUCAAGCGCAUAAUCUGUGUUACACAACCCUGUUGGACAAGAAGAUGAUUGAGCAGUUCAAGCUGGUGAAGGACGAAGACUACAUCGUCACGCCGAAUGGCGACAUGUUUGUCACGACCAAGCAAAGAAAGGGGCUGCUGGCGCAGAUUCUGGAGGAACUCCUCACUGCACGAAAGCAGGCCAAGCGCGAGCUGGCCAAGGAGACGGACCCCUUCAGGAAAGCCGUGCUCAACGGUCGACAGCUGGCUUUGAAAAUCAGCGCCAACAGUGUGUACGGCUUGACGGGUGCGACCACCGGAAAGCUGCCGUGUCUGCAAAUUGCCAGUAGCACGACUAGUUUUGGCCGCCAGAUGAUUGAGAAGACCAAAGACGAGGUGGAGAAGAAGUACAACAUUGCCAACGGCUACAGUCAUGACGCCCAGGUCAUCUACGGUGACACGGACUCGGUCAUGGUCAAGUUUGGUACCAAGGACCUAGCAGAGGCGAUGAAGCUGGGCGAGGAGGCGGCCAACUACGUGUCGUCCAAGUUCGUCAAGCCGAUCAAGCUCGAGUUCGAGAAGGUGUACUUCCCGUACCUGCUCAUCAACAAGAAGCGGUACGCCGGCCUGUACUGGACCAAGACGGAAAAGUACGACAAGAUGGACACGAAGGGUAUCGAGACUGUGCGACGAGACAACUGCUUGCUGGUGCAGACUGUCAUCGAGAAGGUGCUCAGGAUGAUUCUGAUCGACCGUGACGUGCAAGGGGCACAAGACUACGUCAAGGACACAAUCGCCGACCUGCUUCAAAACAAAGUCGACAUGUCGAAGCUAGUCAUCACAAAGGCACUGACCAAGGACGACUACGCCGCCAAGCAAGCGCACGUGGAGCUGGCGCAGCGGAUGAAGAAGCGCGACGCCGGAUCGGCCCCCGGGCUGGGAGACCGCGUCGCGUACGUCAUGGUGAGAGGCGCCGCGGGGGCCAAGAACUUCGAGAAGUCGGAGGACCCGCUGUACGUGCUGGAGAACAACGUGCCCAUCGACACCAAGUACUACCUGGACAACCAGCUGGCGAAGCCGCUGGGGCGCAUCUUCGAGCCGAUCCUGGGCGAGACCAAGGCGCGGCAGCUGCUCACGGGCGACCACACGCGGACCAUCUCGGUGGCGGCGCCGACGGUGGGCGGGCUCAUGAAGUUCGCCAAGAAGACGCAGACGUGCAUGGGCUGCAAGAAGCCGCUGACGGGCAAGCAGGAGAGCCAGGGGGCCGUGUGCGCCGACUGCGCGCCGCGCGUGGGCGAGCUGUACAAGCGCACGCUGGACAAGGUGUCGGACCUCGAGGUGCGGUUCGGGCGCCUGUGGACGCAGUGCCAGCGCUGCCAGGGCAGCAUGCACUGCGAGGUGAUUUGCAGCAGCAAGGACUGCCCCAUCUUCUACAUGCGCAUGAAGGCGAGGAAGGACCUCGAGGACGCGGGCAAGGAGCUGUCGCGGUUCGACGCGGACCAGGCGGCCAUUUGGUGA